AUGCCUCGUGGUCACAAGAGCAAACGCCGCCAUGCUCCUAAGAAACGCCAGCAAGCCAGAACAGACAACAUGGUUUGUAAGAAUGCACAGGAAGAAGUGCUGUCACCAUCAGAGGUAGAGGCUGCAGAAAAAGAAGUGGAACAAGGAGCAGCAGCAGCAGCAAUAGAAGAGGAAGAAGAGAUAGAGGAGUGUUCCUUCUCCCACCUCAUACCUGGUAUUGCUUACCGGAUCCCUCCUCUGCCAUGUCGGUCGAGAUCACCUUCUAUCAGUGGCCUUUCUGCUGAGGGCUCUUUUGCCAAUUCUGACAAAACUUGUGAUUGCGAGCAUGAGGAUUGCGAGUCUGGGGCCAGCUACUCCACUGAAUGUUUAUCGGAAAGCUUUCAGUGCCCGGUUGAUGCUUUGGAGUGGUUCAUACUCCAAAAAUUUCGCUUGAGGAGGCUCUUUACCCUAGAGGAGAUGGUGAAUACGCUCGACUGGAGGCACAGAAAACACUUUCCUGGGAUUUUUAAGGCUGCCUGUGAACACCUGGAGGCAAUCUUUGCAGUUGAAAUGAGAGAAGUGGAGUCCAACAGUCACACCUAUAAUCUUUUCAGCAAGCUGAAACUCCCCAACAAUGGGAGGAUUCGCCCUGGCAGGGGCUACCCUAAAACCGGGCUCCUGCUGAAAAUCCUCGCUGUGAUCUUUGUGAAGAACCACUGUGCUGCUGAGGAGGACAUCUGGAAAUUCCUGAAAAAGAUACACGUGUACCCCGGAAAGCUCCACUACAUAUUUGGAAAUACCAAGAAGCUCCUCACCCAAGAUUUUGUAAAGUUGAAGUACUUGGAGUAUCGCCAGGUACCUGGCAGUGAUCCUCCAAGCUAUGAGUUCCUGUGGGGACCCCAAGCUCAUGCUGAGACCAACAAGGAGAAAAUCCUGAAGUAUUUGAUUGGGUUCAGUACAAUUUCCCCUGCCUACUUUUCAUGUCUUUAUCAAGAAGCUAUGAAAAUGGAGAUAGAAAGAAUGCAAGCCAUACUUGCUGCCUGCUCUAUCUCUAUCAGUCCUAGUGUGAUUGUCCAGGCCACAUGUCUUGCUCUACCUCCCAAGCCUUAA